UCGGUUUCCGCGCGUAAUUGCAAUUCGCAAAUUGCAAUACUCCGAUACUUAUGAACAGUCGAAUAGUUCAUUUGUUGUUCAUCUGGUAUUUAUAUUUAAUUAAUUGAAAUAAUUAAUUAAAAACGCCUUUUACCUGAUACCUUUUUCAACCUGUUAUCAAUUAAGCAGCUGAAUUUUCCAUAGUGACUGAUUACCGACUUUUCUUGUAGUAAGUACUUAAUAUAAGUUGAUUCCUGUAAUCGCAAGGUGCAACAGAUUGAAACCAUACUUAUUUGACUGCCCAUUGUACCUUUAUUCAGAUAUCUUCUUCUACCUUAUUUAAGAGUGGAUAAAGAAGAGAAUAGGAUUGGACUGAGUACAAUCGAAUUCCUUGGUUUUUAUGUAUACAGUAUGGUAUGGUAGAUAUGGCUAAAUAAUGUGCCCACUAAACUCAGCCACACAGUCUAUGUGAAUAUUAGAUAUUUGAAAUUAGGACAAUAGGAUAUUUAUAGUUCAUAUUCAGCAUUGUGUAUUUAUGUUACAUUGACUAUCUAACGGAUUAAGUUAAAAUUUUUGUAAAUAUGACAGAAAAUGAAAAAAUAGGCACUCUUGAAGAGGAAGCUUUAAAGCGUAAGGAAAGAUUAAAGGCACUUAAGAGAAAAGCUAAUAAUCCAUUAAAUAAUGAUGAAACAACAAAACUCCCACCGCCUAAAUUUAGAAGUUAUAAACCAUCUGAUGAAUCUUUAAAAGAAAAAGCCCUUGAAGAUGCUAAAGCUGGUGACAUUGAAUCUGAAGUGAAAGAUCAAUUGCAAGCAGCUACCACCAAACCAGUUAUUGAAGAAUUGGAUAUAAGUAAUUUGGCACCAAGAAAAUCUGACUGGGAUUUGAAACGUGAUUGCUCUAAAAAACUAGAGAAAUUACAGAAAAGGACUCAGAAAGCAAUUGCAGAAAUUAUUAUGGAGAGAGCUAAGAAGCAAGAUCUUGCAACGGCUGUCAAAGCAGGCAGUGAAGUUUUAUCAAAGUCUUAGUACAAAUGAAUAGUU